UCUGUUAUGAUGUUCGCAAUUUUAUUAUGAAUUGUACAUUUUUUCAAUAAUGUUUUAAAUUGACUUAAACGUCACUGAAAAAUGACAUUAUAUCACUUUGGGAAUUGUUUGGCGUUGGUAUACGUGCCGUACUACUUGACUUAUAAGUAUUCUGGCUUAUCAGAAUACGGUGCCUUCUGGAAAUGCAUUCAAGCAGGUGGUAUUUACAUCUUCACACAACUCGUAAAGAUGCUGGCGCUUGCCACAUUUUUUCCAACCGCUGACAAUGUUGGAGAAGAGGGUUUUGAUGUCUUUGGGGAAUUUUUGAAAUCAUCUAUUGAUCUGGCGGAUUUGGCAGGAAUAUUGUUGGUAUUAAAUGGUAUUCCUGGUAAAGGUCAUGCUAAAGUAUUAACUGCUGGUAUAGGAUGGGCAGGAGCAGAAGUGUUGCUCACAAGAUUUUUGUUACUUUGGGUUGGAGCUCGGGGUGCUGAGUUUGAUUGGAAAUAUAUCCAAAAAAGUCUUGAAUCAAAUAUUAAUUUGGUACAACAUAUAACAACUGCAACAUUGGUUUGGUUGUGGUCUAGACACGAUUUACGGCGUGGUUUAGUUCCUGUAGUAAUUGGUAUGCUUGUGCUUACAGUGUACAGACCACUUAUAUUAGACUUUCUUACAUCAUUUUUAUUAGCUGGCCCAUGGUCGACACUAAUUAUUAAAGCUGUCACUACCUUUUUCAUGGGCGCAACUACAUUACAUAUUUAUGCAGGUCUUGCACAUUCGAUUGGCAUUUUCUAAGCAGUACAUAUAUUUAUAUAUAUAUAUUCUCUGGAUGUAUAGUUGCGUUGAAUAUGUCUUUUAUUCCAU